CUUGAAAAAGCAGGGAAACAGUAACAUCAAGAUCAAGCAGCUUUCGAAGACGAACAGCUUUGGUAGUUUUGGGGUUUCUCUUGGUUGCUGAAAUACUAAGCUGGUGGACUUGCAGAGGGCAGCAUGACGACUGCCGCCCGUCCCACGUUCAACCCCGCGCAGGGUGGCCGCGGUAGAGGUGAAGGCGGAGAGGGAGAUCUGUCGGCCCUGUCCAAGCAGUAUUCCAGUCGUGACUUGCCUGGCCACACGAAACUCAAGUACAGACAGACUGGACAGAACACAUCAGCCGAGCUGCGUGGCCAGGACUUCCGCCGCGAGCUGGAGACCAGAGAACGCGGCUCGACGAAGGACCGUGGUGUUCGCGGUGCCGACGUUGCUCUCGCAGCCUCGACAUCCCAUCAGCCACCGAGCAAACGACCAAGACUGGCAGACACGGGCAACCUGGAUGCUGACGACAAAGAUGACGACGACACCGAUGACUCGGACAGCGACGAGAGCGAUGACGAUGCGACAGAGCUUCUGGCGGAGUUGCAGAAGAUCAAGCGAGAGCGAGCGGCUGAAGCAGCCAGAAAGGAGGAACAGAAGCGUGUGGAGGAUGAAAGAAUACGGACCGAAACGAUUCUCAGCGGCAACCCUCUUCUCAACUUGCAAGGAGGUGGUAAUAUGAAGGUAAAGCGACGCUGGGAUGACGACGUUGUUUUCAAGAACUGCGCUAAAGACGACGGAAAGAACAAGGAUGGGACAUUCAUCAAUGACACUCUCCGCUCCGAGUUCCACAAGAAAUUCAUGUCGAAAUACGUUCAGUAGAUACGUGUGUGUGUGUGUCGCUGAAGAGCGCCCGUUUUAACUGUGAUCCCCAAGACAUGUCAACUGCCAAAUGCACGACUGGUGCGUGUGUGAGUGUGUGUGUCCGUGUGUGUGUGUGCGUGUGUAUGUGUGCAUGCGUGUUCGUGUUGUCUUGUUUCAUGAAAGCUGAUGAAUUUUGCUUUGCUUUUCCAUCACCUUGUGUGUAUUUCCCUCCGCUGUACAUAUAAUACAAGAUUGACCAUGGUUCGAAAGAA